CUAGAUUAACGGGAAUGACCCAAUUUUGGUACUGUUAGAAAUCAACAAGCACGAAAAGGUUUUUUUUUUAAUAAAAGUGUGUGACAUCGUGCCACAUCUUCACUCUCCCCCUUUUCAACUGCCCUGUUUCACUCUCGAUUGAUGAGACGUCUCACUUCCUUUCAAUAGCGACCACCAGGACGACACAAUAUGAAUGUGGUACGAACGAUAUUGCAAUACGAAGAACUGUAGUAGUGCGAAACACGUGCAACAACCAUGCAGUAGUCGUGUUCACGGAGAUUCUGAGAGGCCCUACUGUAGAGUACGUAUCUUAAGGUGCGUACGAUAGGAAUAUUCCACCAAGCUUGUUUUUAGAGAUCCGAAAUUUCCGGAAUCGUUUUCUUUUGUUCUCAACCUUCGGUUGGAAUUAUUGGUGCGUUAGAUUCGAUAGUAUCGUACUACUGCUGAGACAGAGUGGGGAACAACAACAUGUGACAGCUGCGAAGCUACCGGUAGCUACGCUGUGGUACAGACAGGAAACAACGCAACCCGAAGGCCACGGACACAGAGACAGACACAAUACGAAACAUCCAGAAUGGACGCAACUAAUUGUUCAUUGUUUACACAGAAAAGGCAAACACAUUGGUUCAUAUUUCGCAUUCGAUGAGUGGCGGGACAACAACGACAGCUUCCGGCCCGUCCCAUUCCGGAGACCAGCUUAGCUGGGCGAGAGAUACUCUUAGUGAGUGGGGAGAAGCUUCAAAGUCCAACAGUGUCAUCUACACGUACGCAUUCGUAACAUUUCUGACCCUCGCCAAGACGGAGGACGGCGGCGAAGGCCAGGAUGACAGCGAGCUGGUCGACAGGUAUCACAAAAACAGGGGCUACCAGGGAAGCAAGCUCGGAAAGCUAGCCGGGACAGCCCUCCUCCUAGUGCUGGUGGGCGUGGCCAUCGUCAUCCAGACGGUGACCCCGAUCGCCAUCGUCGCCACGAUGGAACUUCCGGAGGGAGGGGCGUGUCCGAACGAGGCCGACGGCCUCACCAAGUUCAUCGGGCUGACCCUCUGCCUCUAUUUCGUCUUUCUGACCAUCAGCAUGUGUCAGAACAAGCUGCGGGCCAUGGGCUACCUGCGGCUGUUCUGUGGCCACCACGACGCCGGGCUGGGAGGCAGGAUGGGGAUCUCUUGCGGCGUGCUCUUUCUGGACGCCGGGAUUCUCGCCAACAUGCUGUCCAUGGGGGCGGCCGGUGCGGCGCAGUACCUCCUCUUUGUCCGCAACGCCAACCGGGACGUUCUUCUCCUCCUCCUCCUGCAGUCCCUCGCAAUGCAGUUCGUCCUCACGGCGGACCAGAAGCUGAUGACGGGCGCCUGGAACGCCCUCACCAAGAAACAGAUCGAGAUUCUCCUACAAAAAGACACAGCGGGCAACAAGCCGGGAGGAGCCGGUGGUGCCGAAGAGUCGGGACUCGGAACGGAAGCCAUUGAAAUCGACGAUGCGAGGCUUUCCAGGAUCUUGUUGAUGCACAAGGCAGAAACGGCGUUUCUGAUGUCGGUAGUAUUGAUCGGCGGAGGGUGGUCCAUCGCUCUCACGUACUGCAUGUAAGGAGGGAAGGAAUCAACGGAGGAUUCGAUUUCUCCUUUGUUUUGUUGCGCUCGGUGGUUAAUCUGUGAAAUGUUGAUAGGCUCCUUAGUGUACGAUAAUACGUCGUUAACAAUAGUGAGGAUUACUCACUAGCUACUCGUGAUUGUGGUAUGGGCAUUACCUCACAUUCCAAACCCAUUUGUUAGCUGUAUUAGCAAUGUUGGCCAUUCCUAAAAUACGUCAUUCCAGGUAUGGCUGUCUACAAGUAGACAUACUAUCCUUGUUCUAGUAUGAGUAGAAUAAUCAGAACAACCAAAAACACUUUUUUCUUUCUUGUUUUUACUACUAGUACUGCUUCUUGCUACUAUUGUAUUAGUACUUCUACUACUACUAGAGUAAGAAGUAUUAGUAUUACUACUAGUAGUAAUUAGUGGAAGAAUAAAUAAGCAAUCAUAAU